AUAUAUAUAUAAACUAUAUUGUUUUGCAUUCUACUGUAGCUCUACUGUUUAUUAAAGAACAACGACACUGGUUAUUUCGUAUUUAAAUAUAAGCAUGAGAGGUAGGAUACGAUGUAAGAAAUGUGAAAUUGGCAACCCAGGGAAAGACUAGUUGUACCUUUAACCGUGUGUUGAAGAAAUGUGUUACUGUAAUAUCCAGAUGUGGAGCAGAAAAGCUUAUGGCGUGGUGUAUAAAUUGCACGUAGGUGUGUUAGGUACAACAGUAAUGUUAUUUAUAGAUAUAGUUAUAUUAUAACUCCGACACAAUUGUUGCAUAAUGCAUUUUGAUGCACAAGGGCAGAUUAAUUAAAAAGUUCUACCUAAUACAGUCAAUAUUUAACAUAAUAAUAAUAAUAAUAAUAAUAAUAAUAAUAAUAAUAUGGAGUGGGAAGAUAAACUGAAGUAUCUAGUAAAACUAACCCAAGAAGGACAGUUUUCUGUUAUUAAGAAAGAACUUACUGAGGAGAAGAAUCUUCAAUGUUUGGUAAAAAAUAAACGCUUUGGGAAGUCGGGAGACACGUUGCUACACUAUGCAGCCAGGCACGGACAUUUAGACUUGUUGAGAUACUUUAUAGAAGAGCUGGGAUUUGAUAUUGAAUUAUGUAAUGGUGAUUACAAGAGAGCCCUACACGAAGCAGCUUCCAUGGGCCAGAGGGACUGUGUGCAAUACCUGAUUUCCAAAGGGGCCAAGAUUGACUGCUUGAAAAAGGCAGACUGGACCCCUCUUAUGAUGUCAUGCACCAAGAAAAACCUGGCCAUUAUUAAAGACUUAAUAGACCAUGGGGCUAACUCUUCUCUGAAGAACAAGGAUGGCUGGAACUGUUUUCACAUUGCCUGUCGAGAGGGAGACCCCUAUAUUAUACAGCACCUGCUUGAUGUCUGUCCUGGAAUCUGGAAGACGGCGAGCAAGGUCCAGAGAACUCCACUGCAUACUGCAGCUAUGCAUGGUUGUGCUGAUGUUGUGAAAUUGCUACUGGAUAGAUGUCAGUAUGAAACAGAUUGCAGAGACAGCUGUGGAGUUACUCCUUUCAUGGAUGCUGUCCGAAAUGGCCACAUUGAUAUAGCAAACCUUCUGAUGGAAAAGCAUCAGGCUUCUUUUACAGCUGCUGAUAAUGUAGGAGCGAAGCCUUUACACCAGGCUGCAGUAACUGCCCAGGAUGAGGCGAUUCGGUUCCUUCUCAAGGAUCUUGGAGGGGAUGUUAAUGAACCUGCCACAGAUGUCAAACUCACCGCACUACACUUUGCAGCUAAGGAAGGCCAUGUGUGCACAAUCCAGACUCUCAUUUCAUUAGGAGCUGAUGUUCAAGCAAAGGAUGCAAAAGGACGAUCUGCUCUCCACAUGGCUUGUGCCGGGCAGCACACUGGCUGCGUGAGAAUUCUACUUCAGACUGGUCUGCAGGACUCUGCAGACAACAUGGGAACACUAGCAAAGCAGUUAGCCAAAAAACAAGAAGUGGUAAAUGUUUUUGAAGAAACUCCUGGUUCCCAAUAAUCUACUGAAAAUUAAAGUCUUUAUUUUGUUUGUUUAUUUAAACUACUGUUCAUAAAAAUCUGUAAACAGUAUAACAAACCAAGGAAACAGCUGCAUGGCUGUCCCUUGACCUGGAAUAACUAUCACACAAAGGACUGUCCUCAAACAUAAUUUUUAUUUAAGAUAUUUUAUUUAAAAAGGUUAAAUGGGGUUAGUAAAUAGAUGUAUUAAAUAUGUCUCUAAUAAGUAAAUACAAUUUGUAAUGUUCCACAUUUAAAUAAACCAUGAGGAUUGUGAGGGGGUAUUUUGAUCCAUUUCAUUUUAGGUAUGUGGUGUAAUUUAUUAAUUUGGAUGGGCAUAAUUUGCUGAGUGCAGAAAUUACAAGAUCUAAACAAAAGCACUGUAUUUUUUAUCUGCCAGUAGCAUCACAUCAUUGGUGAGGAAACUAUUACACUAGCAUGUUAAAUUGUGUCUUGAACACUAUAAAACCAGUUUACAUGUGGCUUUAUGUGAUGUUUUAUUAUUAACACCCUUGCCAUUCAUGCUCUCUCUCUCUCUCUCUCUCUCUCUCUCUCUCUCUCUCUC